AUGAGAAGUAAUGGGCAACCUGUUUACAAUUUUUGUGUAUCUGUUGAUGAUGCUACCAUGGCUAUCUCACAUUUUAUAAGAGCGGAGGAACAUUUGCCAAAUACUCUGAGGCAAGCUUUGAUAUAUAAAGCGCUUGGAUUCGCAAUGCCUUGCUUUGCACAUGUUUCUUUGAUUCUCGCACCUAAUCGGAGCAAACUUUCGAAAAGGCAUGGUGCAACUUCAGUGGGCCAGUUCAGGGAUAUGGGAUUUUUACCUGAGGCUAUGGUUAACUAUCUUGCAUUAUUGGGAUGGGGUGAUGGUACUGAGAAUGAGUUUUUUACACUUGACUAA